GACAAUAUUGACAAUGAAGCAUUUGCUUACAUUUUUCAAUAAAGAAUUUUACAUUUUUGUAAAUAUUAAAGUGAAAUAUGUCUGUAAUUGACGGCCGUCCUGCACAAUAUGGUAUUACUCUAAAACAACUUCGUAACCUUAUGGAAUAUAGGGGCGCAGAUGGAAUAGAAAAAAUUCAAGAACUAGGUGGAAUGCAAGAAAUAUGUAAAAAAUUAUACACAUCGCCAAGCGAAGGACUGCGUGGUACAGAAAUAGAUUUAGCACAUAGGAGAGACACAUUUGGAUCAAAUUCAAUUCCUCCAAAGCCUUCAAAAACGUUUUUAAAAUUAAUAUGGGCAGCUCUACAGGAUGUUACCCUUAUUAUUCUAGAAGUAUCAGCUAUAAUAUCUUUAUUGCUUACUCUUUAUCACCCCGUACAAGAAGAUUCAGAAGGUGAUGAUGACGAAAAAAAUUAUGGAUGGAUAGAAGGACUAGCAAUUUUAAUUUCUGUUAUAGUAGUGGUACUUGUAACAGCAUUUAACGAUUAUUCUAAAGAAAAGCAGUUUCGCGGAUUACAAAAUCGAAUAGAAGGAGAACAUAAAUUUGCAGUAAUUAGACAAGGAGAAGUCAAACAAAUAUCGGUUACUGAAAUAGUUGUAGGUGAUAUUUGCCAAAUUAAAUAUGGAGACCUUUUGCCGGCAGACGGAAUUCUUUUACAAUCUAAUGAUUUAAAGAUAGAUGAGUCUUCGCUUACGGGUGAAUCAGACCACGUCAAAAAGGGAGAAACUUUUGACCCAAUGAUACUCUCUGGUACUCAUGUUAUGGAAGGAUCUGGUAAGAUGUUAGUUACAGCCGUAGGUGUUAACUCGCAGGCGGGUAUUAUCUUCACAUUAUUAGGAGCAGGUGUGGGUCAACAAGAAGAUGGAAAAAAGAAACCGAAGAAAGGUCAUGAUGAAAGCGUAGCUGAAAGCAGCCAUGUAGACAAAGACAAGAUAGAUCCAGGAGUUGCCAGGAAAGAAUUCGAGGUUGAUGCGUCUGCACAAGAUGUCAAAGUCAGAGGCGUCCAGUCUAAAAAACUUGCUGAAGAAAAAUCCAAAAAAGAAAAAUCUGUACUUCAAGCUAAGCUUGCAAAACUCGCCCUACAGAUCGGUUAUGCUGGAACCUUCAUUGCAGCUCUCACUGUUGUCAUUCUGAUAGUACAAUUCUGUAUCAAGACCUUUGUCAUCAAACGUCAACCAUGGAAACACGCAUACGCUAACUAUUUUGUUCGUUAUCUUAUUAUUGGUGUUACUGUACUUGUAGUAGCUGUUCCUGAAGGAUUGCCGCUGGCUGUUACCCUGUCUCUAGCUUAUAGUGUCAAGAAAAUGAUGAAAGAUAACAACUUGGUUAGGCAUCUUGAUGCCUGUGAAACUAUGGGCAACGCUACUGCUAUCUGUUCGGACAAGACCGGAACUUUGACUACAAACAGGAUGACGGUUGUGCAGUGCUAUAUAUGUGAACAAUUAUGGAAAACUAUGCCUAAGUUCAAUGAUAUACCUACACAUGUCGGAAGUAUUAUCAUUCAAGCUAUUUCAAUAAAUUGUAGCUAUACUUCAAGAAUAUUGCCUCCAGAACGUGGUAGUAAUCUACCAAGACAAGUUGGCAACAAAACAGAAUGUGCAUUAUUAGGAUUUGUCUUAGGACUUCGAAAGAGCUACCAAACCAUCAGAGAUGACCACCCCGAAGAAACAUUCACUCGAGUAUAUACUUUCAAUUCAGACAGAAAAUCAAUGAGUACCGUGAUUCCUCGACCAGGAGGCGGUUACAGAUUGUUUACCAAAGGUGCUUCAGAAAUAAUAUUAGAAAAGUGUGCCUUUAUCUACGGCCAUGAUGGUCGUGUCCAGAAAUUCACAAAAGAUAUGCAGACAAGGCUAUUAAAACUAGUAAUAGAACCUAUGGCUUCUGACGGACUCAGAACCAUUUGCCUUGCUUUUAGAGACUUCGUUCCUGUUACACAAGAAAUAAAUCAGACGUUUAUUGAACGUCAACCUAAUUGGGAUGAUGAAAAAUAUAUUGUUAAUAACUUAACAUGCUUGUGUGUUGUUGGUAUUGAGGAUCCUGUUCGACCAGAAGUACCUGAAGCUAUUAGGAAAUGUCAGAGAGCUGGUAUAACUGUCAGAAUGGUCACUGGUGAUAAUUUAAAUACAGCCGUGUCGAUUGCCACUAAAUGUGGUAUUGUAAAACCAAAUGAUGACUCCCUUAUUCUCGAAGGAAAAGAAUUUAACAGAAGAAUUAGGGACAGCUCUGGAGAAGUUCAACAACAUCUUAUCGACCAAGUUUGGCCUAAGUUGCGUGUUCUUGCGAGGUCCUCUCCAACGGAUAAAUACAUUCUUGUCAAAGGUAUUAUAGACAGCGAGUUGAGUGAUUGUAGGGAAGUCGUAGCUGUAACUGGUGACGGUACAAAUGAUGGACCAGCUUUAAAAAAGGCAGAUGUUGGAUUUGCAAUGGGUAUUGCUGGUACAGAUGUCGCAAAAGAAGCUUCUGAUAUUAUUUUAACUGACGACAACUUCACUAGUAUCGUCAAGGCUGUUAUGUGGGGUAGAAAUGUUUAUGACAGUAUAGCAAAAUUUUUACAGUUCCAACUUACUGUCAAUACCGUUGCUGUUAUCGUUGCUUUUACUGGUGCUUGUGCAGUCCAGGACAGUCCUUUAAAGGCUGUACAAAUGUUAUGGGUGAAUUUAAUUAUGGACACAUUAGCUUCCUUAGCUUUGGCUACUGAAGUGCCUACUGAAGAUUUACUUCUCAGAAAGCCCUAUGGUAGAACAAAACCCUUAAUUUCCAGAACUAUGAUGAAGAACAUUUUAGGACAAGCCAUAUAUCAAUUAGUAGUUAUAUUUACUUUACUUUUUGUAGGUGAUAAAAUUUUGGAUAUCGAAUCUGGAAGAGGAGUGGCAAUUGGUCAUCCACCAACGCAACAUUUUACCGUUAUCUUCAACACUUUCGUUAUGAUGACGCUCUUCAACGAGUUCAACGCUAGAAAGAUUCAUGGACAAAGAAAUAUUUUCGAAGGUAUUUUCACCAAUCCCAUCUUUUAUACUAUCUGGAUUGGAACAUGUGUAGCACAGGUGGGUAUUAUCCACGUAGGUGGUAUAGCGUUUUCUACAACUAGCUUAGACAGAGACCAGUGGUUCUGGUGCGUUUUCUUUGGAGUAGGAUCUCUACUAUGGACGCAGCUUAUCUUAACACUACCAACUAGUAAAAUUCCAAAGAUUUUAACGUGGGGAAGUGGUUAUCCUGAGGAUUAUAUCGAAGCGAUCGCCAUGAGAGAAAGUUAAAGCCAUUCCUUGCUUGUCAGGUAUACUGUAUAAGAAACCUUAGAAAAUCUCAGACGCAGAAUGAAAUACCCAAUUUUAUCAAGAUGGUGACAUGGAGAUAGAAUGGAAGCCCCCUGCAAGCAUAUUUUUCCUUGAGAGGAACUGACGCUAAAAUUUUGAGGAAUAAUGUGAAAGUGAAAAAGAUCGCUGAAAUAUUAGAUGAAUAUGAAGCACAGGUACCUAUGUAUUAUUAUGUCGACUCAUCCAGAAAAAUGUAGCAGUUACUCCAAAAUAAUUCUUAAGCAAAAAUCUGAAAUUAAAUCUGGAUUUUUUAUUUCGAAAUUCCAGAAGAUGAUAUUGUUUUUAAAUAGCAAAAUAACGUGUUCCACAAGGACUAGUUUCAAUUGUAGUAUCCUGAUAAUAUUUUAUUAAAAUAUUUUAAAAUC